UGACUGAAACAUUUUACGACGGGACGUAUUGACAGGUUGUCGGAGCAACACUACCGCCCCUGUUGAGUUACAUUGUAGGAAGCCUAGCCAUCUAUAUCAAUAUAAUUAUGUAUCAGAGGGCUGUAAUUACUGUUUGUUGAUUUUUUGAAAGGUCUUUAUGCGACGAGUUAUAACAUGGUACGAGGAACUCAUGUUUGAGCAUCGAAUCGAAUGCUCAGAAUUCAUUGUGCAAGGCAUCUUUCAAGAACUCGAAAUCCUUCAUUUUCUAAACGAACGGUAUGUACAAUUUCAACAUGAUAAAUGGCUUUAAAAAUAAGAUACAUAUUGUAAUGUCAAACGACGUUUCCAAGUGGUCAAGUCUAUUGGCCCAGGCUACAUCCAUAAUAGAGAUUUUAAAAUAUAUUUGAGAAUGUGCAUCAUAUUUUCAAUAUACAUAGGCAGCAUAGACCAUGAUUUACUUCUUUUACAAUCAAGGCUGUCCUAAUGUCACACUGCUAUCAUAGUGGGUGUGUGAGAGAGAGGGAGCGCUCAUUGCAAUGUCCAUAUUUAUUUGGGUGUGUAACACAGUAAUGUAACAAAUGUGUUGUGCCCUCUUUACAGAGCCUUGUUGCCUUUUGGAUGCCUGUAGCGACAGACUCCAAACAGACCUAAUCAGAGGUCUACAUUCCAUGCCUGGGGUUCUGUGUUAAGCUCUAAGCCAGUCAAUGAUGCUAACCCCCACCACCCCUGAAGCAGAGGACAAGGCCUGUUGCUGGGACUCCCCACAGAAGCCUGGGACUCAAUUCUCCCCCUCAUGCCUGUGAUCCCCAUCCCUCGGCGGGUGCGCAGCUUCCAUGGUCCCCACACCACCUGCAUGCACUCGGCCUGUGGGCCUGCACGCACCACCCAGCUUGUGCGCACCAAGUACAACAACUUUGACCUGUAUCUGCGCUCACGCUGCAUGUACGGCUUCCUGCGCUUCCUGCUCUACUUCGGCUGCAGCCUUCUGACCUCCCUCCUCUGGGUGGCGCUGUCCGCUCUAUUCUGCCUGCAGUACGUGAGCGCCCGCGUCUUCCUGCGGCUGCAGUACAAGCUGUCCGUCAUCCUGCUGUUGCUAGGACACCGGCGCCUUGACUUCGGGGUGCUCAACAACCUGUUUAUCUACAGUAUGCAGGUUACAAUGUUCCUGGUGGGAGGCCUGGGCUGGUGCUUCAUGGUGUUUGUGGACAUGUAG